AUGGAGUGUGUUGCUUUGUAUUGUCUCUGUCUCAACUAUAACAGUGGCCAGGGUGGUGCUGGUCAGGAGUGGUGCUGCCAGAGCUGUCGGCCAAAGCUGCCAGCUUUAGGGAUCUGCCUGGGGAGACCCCUUUUGUGUCAAGGCAAGCCUGGGGCCUGGAGCCUUGCUGGUGUCAUCUCCUGGGUGGGAUGUGCCUAUGGCUGGAGAGGGAGUGAGAAGAACAAACAUUACAACAGAGGAUACCUGGGAAUAUUCCCAGACCUCAGCAUGGUGCUGUGCUGGUAAUAAAGUCCCCACAGUAAUGCGUCCCUCGCUUUGUUUUGUAGUGCUCAGGAUGGCAAACUCUGCAAGAGUGAAGGGGAAUUACAUUUGCCUGGAAGGCCUGAACAGUUCUAUCAAAACCAUCAAUUGUGUGUAUGGACUCUAUUUGUGCCAGAAGGGAAUUACAUAUGGCUUUGUUUCUCCCCCUUUUUCUGGCCAGAAAUGUUCUGUGACUAUGAUUCUUUAUCAGUCUGUUCAAAAGAUGACAGACUUGUGGGGAAAUUCUGUGGAGAAGAUCUUUCAUUACCUCUUUUGACUGGCUCCAAUAGCAUAAGGCUGAAAUUUGUUUCUAAUGAUGAGGAUUAUGGAACUGGUUUUUCCAUUACCUACAAAGCUCUUACACCAGAUAUUCUUCCUGCUGCUGGCUGUGAGUCCCUUCUUGAAGAAGGAGUGUUGGAGAGUAUGCACUACCCAGAGCACUGCAGCAACCUGGCAGGCUGUCAGUGGAUUAUCUGUGCUCCAGAGGCCCAUGUAGUUAAGCUUACAUACCAGUCUUUUGAAGUAGAAGAGAGUGAAGAUUGCUCCUAUGAUGCCAUGACUGUGUAUGAAGAUGUGGGAAGAGGAAAUUCCUUUGCUUUCUCAUUUUUAGUUGAGUCUUGUGGAUUUGCCCUACCAGCACCUGCUCCAAGCUCCUCUGUUGUGAUGCUGGUUGUCUUCCUCCCUGAUGAGACAGAGACCUUUGGAGGAUUCAGAGCUAGUCUCCUUUACCCUCAUUUGCUAGAUUUAAAUAUUUUGAAUUCAACUAAAGAUGAAGAUUUUGAAAACAUGAGUGUUGCUGAAGAAGAAAUAAAGGUUAUGACAGAGGAUGCUUGUGGAAUUCCUUCAAAUCAGCCCAGGUUCCUCUUCAGUAGGAUAACUGGAGGUGAAGAAGCUGUGCCCUACUCGUGGCCUUUACACACUGCAGGCCAGAACAUUCCAGUUGUGCAAACUGCAGAUGAGCACAUCUGUGGAGGAGCAGUCCUUGCCCAAGAUUGGGUUGUCACAGGUGCCCACUGCCUUCAUUCCAGGUCAAUCAAGAAAUAUUUUAUACACCCAAAUUUUAACUCUGACACUGCCCUGCUGCAACUGGCUGAGCUCUUGGAAUUCACCACCUCCGUGCUCCCAGUGUGCCUCCCUGCCAUGGAGGAGGUGCUGCAGCCCUCGAGGAUGUGUGUGGUCACAGGGUGGGGUGCAGUCUUUGAAGACAGAGAAAAGGGGAAAGAACUGCAGCAGCUGGAAGUCCCCGUCCUGCCACCUGACAUAUGUCAGAGCUAUUACAUAAACCUUCCCAGUAAAGUGACCCUGGGAAUGAUCUGUUCAGGAUUCCCUGUGGAGGAAGGCAAGGACAAAGGUGAUUCUGGAGGCCUAUUAGUUUGUCCUUCAGGAGACAACUCAGGGUUUUACACUCUCCAUGGAAUCACUAGCUGGGGCUUGGGAUGUAGAAGGAAGAACUACCCAGGAGAAUACACAAUGUUAGGGUUUUGUUUUGACUGGAUCAAGAAGAAUAUUUAUAGUAGCAAAAGAAUUGUGAAGCGUUGGAAGGGGCUGCCGUCGGGGUCACUGUCCCCGGAGGUGUUUAAGGAAAGGCUGGACACGGCACUCAGUGCCACGGGCUGUGUCCGGUCACACUUUGGCCUCGGUGAUGCCAGAGCUCUUUCCCAACCUCAUCGAUUCUGUUGA